AUGCUCGCGGUGGCUGCGGCCGUGCUCGCCGUCGUCGUCGCCGUCGGAGCUGGCACGACCGGAGCGGGCGUGUCGCUGUCCAUGUGCGCCAUCACCGGCACAGUGACGCGUACAUGGGACCCCCGCGUCGCGGGCGGUCUGGCCGCCAUGGCCGCGCUCGCACUCGUCCUCGCCUCCACAUUGGCCGCGCGCAACGUCCUGUACCAAUCCGUGACGCCGUUCCCGGGACUCGGCAUCCAGCUCGCCACAGCGCACGGCCUGCACCUGCCCAACGGCAAGCAGGUCGUCUUCUCCGUCCAGCGCCGCUUCAUACCCCUGGAUGACAUCGAGACGGUCGUGGUGCACGAGGGCAUCACGCGCUGGAGCGUGCGGUACUACCUCGGCAUUGUGCGCACGCGCGGCCGGCCAGUCGUGGUGGCGUAUGACACGGUCAAGCCGCGCCUGGACGUCUUGGUGCACGUAUACCACGCUGUCCGGGAAGCGCUGUGGGACGAGUAUGACGAUGGGCGGUGUUAG